UCAGCCAAUCAGCGCUCAGGAUUUCUCCCAUUCUGCUUCACUAAAGCUGAGAGUGACAACACAGCGCCACCCGGAAGGCACGAGACGAUCAGUGAGGAGCCGAGAAUGAACCGCUUCAAGACUUCCAAAUUUAAGAACACCACUCCGAAGAUCUCGAAGAAAGAUGAGUGGAUCUCAAAUGUGCGAGGAAGCUCCCUCAACUCUCAGGGCAACCAGAUUAAAUCCAGCUGUAGCCUUCUGGCAUUCAACACUGAGCAGAGUGGUGGUGGAAUGGUGGGGCUUUGCUCACUUGACCCUGGACCUGAUGGCAAAUGGACAGUAACUCAAAUUCCAUGUCAUGCUGACCAGGUGACUGAUCUGGAUUUCUCCCCAUUUGAUGACUAUCUCUUGGCCACCUGCUCAGCUGAUGAGACGGUAAAGGUAUGGCGUGUGUGUGAUCCAGGUGAGGAGCAGCCUGUAAGUGCUAAUAUAUCGUUAAGUCCUGGGGACGGACGACUGGAGCUGCUGCUUUUCCACCCCACUGCUGCCGGCUUGCUGGCAGUCGGCUCAGGCAGGGGUGUCCAAGUCUGGGACACCAGCAGAGACAAAGCCCUUGCAGUUUUGGAGCAGCAUAAGGAGCAGUUGCAGAGCCUGGCCUGGAAAGAGGACGGCUCCCUGUUGGCCUCCUCCUGCAAGGACAAAAACCUGCGCAUUUUUGAUCUGAGAGCACAGUUGACUGCAGUCCAGUGUGCUCAAGUUCUUUAUAGCAACAAGGAUUCUCGUGUUCUCUGGGUGAAAGAUGAUUAUAUCCUCACUACUGGAUUCAAUCAGAAUCGGCAGCAGGAGGUGCGGCUGUGGGAUUACAGGAAGCUGAACUCCUCGCUGAGCUCCGUGUCUUUAGCCACCUCCAAUGGGACUUUAAUGCCAUUGUAUGAUCCUGAUUCUGGUCUCCUUGUAGUGUCAGCAAAGGGAGACAGUGUGAUCGACUGCUUUGAGGUGACCACAGGGGAGCCAUGCCUUUCACAAGUGAGCCAUUGCCUGAGCGACGCAUCCACACGUGGAAUAGCAGUGGUUCCCAAACUGGCGCUGGACGUAGGCCGUUGUGAAGUGCUGCGGGUGAUGCAGCUGACUGACAAUUGCAUCAUCCCAAUCAGCUACCAGGUGCCUCGCAAGGCAGGGCAGGACUUCCAUGCUGACCUAUAUCCAGACACUGCAGGCCACACGCCGGCCCUGACAGCAGAUGAAUGGUGGAAGGGAAUGAAUAAGCAAGUGGAAAAGGUGAGCCUCCACCCAGACAAGAGGCCAAAGGGGAAAGUUCAGCCAGCCACUCAGGUCACAGCAAAGGAACUACCUCGUGGAAAAAGUAAAGAGGUUCCCUCCACCUCCAGUAGUGCCCUCAGUACCCCAAGCAACAGUGCAGUUCCAUCCCGUUCCCCUUCCUUAACCAGUGGUAUGUCCUCCGGAUUCCUCCCCAGCCCCAGCCAGAGCUCCCGUGCCAUCCAGAGCAUGCUGGGCCCAAGCUCCAAGUUUCGUCAUAUUCAGGGCACUGUUCUGCAUCGUGAUACGCACAUCACCAACCUGCGUGGCAUGAGUCUGACUACACCUGGCGAGUGUGAUGGCUUCGCUGCCAAUGGGCAGCGAGUGGCAGUGCCUCUGGCCAUUGCAGGAGGGCAGAUUUCUGUGCUUGAGCUCUCUCAGCCUGGGAAGCUGCCAGACACAACACUGCCCACCAUCCAGAACUCAGUGAAUGUGGCUGACUUCUGCUGGGACCCUUUUGAUCCUCACAAGCUGGUGGUUGCUGGUGAUGAUGCAAAGAUCCGUGUGUGGAAGAUUCCAGAAGGUGGUUUAGUGGAAACACUGACUGAACCCGAGUGUGUUCUACGUGGACACACUGAGAAAAUCUACUCCAUCAAGUUCCACCCCCACGCCUCAGGUCUGCUGGUGUCCUCGUCAUAUGACAUGACUGUGCGACUGUGGGACCUGGAAACUGGAAGAGAAGCCAAGAAACUGAGUGGACACCAAGAUCAGAUAUUUGGAAUGGCUUGGAGUCCCAACGGCAAGUUGCUGGCUACCGUGUGUAAAGAUGGAAAAGUGCGUUUGUAUGACCCACGCAAGUCUACUGAACCCAUCCAGGAGGGCCCUGGUCCUGAGGGCCACAGAGGUGGUCGUGUAGUCUGGGUUUGCGAUGGCCAGUACCUGCUAGUGUCAGGGUUUGACUGCCGCAGUGAGCGACAGCUUUACCUGUUCUCUGCUGAGUCCUUGGCCUCCGGACCUGUGGCUACCGUACCUGCUGACGUGUCCCCCUCAACGCUCAUCCCAUUCUAUGAUGCCGACACCAGCCUUGUUAUUCUCACAGGGAAGGGCGACACACGUGUGUACAUCUACGAAAUCAUAACAGAAGCCCCUUACUUUAUGGAGUGCUGCAGCUUCAACUCCUCUGAGCCACACAAGGGCUUGUGCUUCCUGCCAAAGACGGUGUGUGAUGUACGUGAUGUAGAGGUGGCCAGAGCUGUCAGACUUGGCAAGACCACCAUUGAGCCAGUGGCCUUCAAAGUGCCUCGAGUCAGAAAAGAGUUCUUCCAGGACGAUGUGUUCCCUGAGACAGCAGUGUGGUGGGAAUCAGGUCUGAGUGCUGCUGCGUGGCUCUCCGGUUCUGACAGUCAGCACCACAAGAUCAGCCUGCAACCGAAAGACAUGACUCCUGUGAGCAAGGCUCCUAAGGAAGCACCAGUAAGGAAGUACCUCCCCUCUUCUGUGUACCUCGAAGAGAAGACGGAUGAACAGAAAAAAGAGGAGCUUUUGAGUGCCAUGGUAGCUAAGUUGGGGAACAGGGAAGAUCCACUGCCACAGGAAUUAUUCGAGGGGGUGGAUGAAGAUGAAUGGGAUGACUAAUGAGAAGCCUUGUUGGUGACAGUGCUAUCAACAGAGAAUUAAAGAAAGACCCGAGUCUGCUUGAUACCCAUGUCACUACUGACUGCCAGACUGAAGGCCACACUCCAAUACAUCCACUUAUGCAUCACAAAAUCCAACAAACUUCUUCUGCAUCAAUCAGUCAGAGCUAAAUGUACAUAAUCUUCUAUAGUUAGCUGUACACGCACUUCUGUAGUCAGUGAUCAUGUGAUCAGUUACAUGCAGACUUGCUAAUACAUAAGACUGGUUGAAUGUACUCCAAGCCUAACAGCAUUGCAUGUGUUUUUAACUGUUGAUUAGAAGGAAUUUUUAUACCGUGACAUUUUUCUAUAACAUUGUAAAAAUGUUUCACAAGCUUCUCAUUAAUCCGCUCCCCUUCUAGCCGAAAUUUUUUGCUAAGUAAUCAGAAACAUUGAAUCUCUAAAAUGCAUGUUUCCAGGUUUUAUGGUUAUAAUGCUUAGCUGUUAUCGUAUGUCAGAAAAUUCAUGUAGGGAAAUACACACAGGGCUGAAACCUCCAUUGCAUUACUCUGUUCUGCAGUUUUCAUAUCUCAGGCAAAUUGAGAUUGCCUGAGAGAAAUAAAUUCCAGUCUUAUUCAGUAGAAA